AUGGCGCACGUGGUAUUGCAGUACCAGGGGGUGCGAGUGCACCGCGUGCUGUACGACCCUGUGGAGGACGCACUCUCUCUCUACGUCACAGUCUUCACGCGCCCGCUCUUCAAGCUCGGCUGCCUCGCCCACUUUGACCUCUGUGUGCUGCUCGAGCUCGAGGACAUCCCACUGGUAACGCCCACAUCCCAUCUUUCUGCGAGCCCCCCCUCUCUGUUAGCCCCUCUCCCUGCGACCCCUCUCCCUGCAAGCCCCUCCCCCUGCAAGCCCCUCCCCCUGCAAGCCCCUCCCCCUGCAAGCCCCUCCCCCUGCAAGCCCCUCCCCCUGCAAGCCCCUCCCCCUGCAAGCCCCUCUCCAUGGGAGCUUCCGUUGCAAGAACGAGACUAUCCCUUGCACGGCCUCACACCUCCUCCCCUACCUCCUGCCAAGGAAGGCAGAACAUCGGAACCCUCUGCUGCCACACCAUCUGCCAUUCCUCCCACACCUGCCGCUGCUGGCUCUGCCUCUGCAUCAGAGGCGGGGGGGAGCAGUCAGUUUGCUGGGGAGGAGGGCCAUGGGGCAGCAAGGACAGCAGCAGUAGCACCGCAACCAGCAGUGCGGCCGCUGAAGCGAGUGAAGUUUCAGAGAGACUUCUUCCAGCGCAACCCAGUCAUCUCGCACCUGCCGUUCAUUGGAGACCUCUACAAGUGGGAAUCUUCUUGUCCCAACUCUCAUCCCACCUAA